AUGCGUCUGUUCAACCUCGUUCUCUCCUCUGCGGCAAUUGCUGCUGCUCUCCCCACCCCGGAGACUUCCGAAGGCAACCAAUCCCAGCCCUUCACUCCUAAUGGUCUUGCACCUUGGAACGCCGGGGCUGUGACUCAAUUCCCCAUCCACUCAAGCUGCAAUGCAACCCAGCGUCGCCAGAUUGAGCUAGGUCUUAACGAGACUAUUACUCUGGCUCAACAUGCCAAGGACCAUAUCUUGAGAUGGAGAAAUGAGAGUGCGAUAUACCAGAAGUAUUUCAGUGAUCGUCCAUCCAUGGAAGCCAUCGGUGCAUUUGAUAUCGUUAUCAACGGGGACAAGAAAGACGUUUUGUUCCGUUGUGACAACCCAGAUGGAAACUGCAACAAUGAAGGCUGGGCUGGACACUGGCGUGGCGAAAACGGCACGGAUGAGACUGUCAUCUGUGACUUGAGCUACGAGACUCGUCGUUCUCUCUCAACAAUGUGUGGCCUUGGAUACACAGUCUCGGAGUCUGAGACCAACACCUUCUGGGCCGGUGAUCUCCUGCACCGCCUGUACCAUGUUUCUGCCAUCGGACAGAACUGGAUCGACCAUUUCGCAGACGGAUAUGAAGAGGUCGUUGACCUGGCGAAGACGAAUGCGACGCUGACGACCCGCGACUCCGAGACCCUUCAGUACUUCGCACUGGAGGCAUAUGCUUUCGACAUUGCUGUGCCGGGAGUUGGCUGCCCAGGUGUCCAGCAUGAGCAUGAGCAUGAUGAACCCGAGGCUACUAGUCAGCCAACUCCUACUGCAACAGCUACUGAUGCUCCUUCGACAACUGCCGAAGUCCCUGCCAACUGUCACACCCAUGACGGAGGCGUGCUCCACUGCACUUAA